UGAAAAAAAUGAACAAAAAAGAAUAGUGGUCUAAAAUUGAAGCAGAUUCAAGUAAACUAGUGUCUUGUACUUCUCUUCCCAACCUCAAACUGCGACUUCUUUCUACAUUGUCAUGGCUACCACCAUUACAUCAGGUGGAGCUGGUAUAGUCCCAAUUAAACUCCACACCCAGAAACCGAUAACCUCGUCAUUAUCAUCAUCCUCAUUUCUUGGCAAGAAACUUAGUCCAAGAUUCUCUUCGAGACCAAUUUUUUCAAACCCGAGAGCUGUUUCGGUUAUUGCAUCAGGUGGAGGGGAGUUCUUUGAUGCAGUUCAUAACUUGUUUCUUGGUGUAGGGGUUGGAUUACCAUGCACUGUGAUGGAGUGUGGUGAUAUUAUAUAUAGAAGUACUUUGCCAAAGUCUAAUGGUUUAACACUUACAGCUCCUGGUGCAGUUUUGGCUUUCGGUGCUUUGUCUUACCUUUGGGCUACUCCUGGUGUUGCUCCUGGUUUUUUUGACAUGUUUUUUCUUGCUUUUGUUGAAAGGUUGUUUAGACCCACGUUUAGAAAGGAUGACUUUGUUUUGGGGAAGAAAUUGGGGGAGGGAGCCUUCGGAGUUGUUUAUAGAGUUUCAUUGACUAAGAAGCCCUCUUCCAAGAGGGAAGGGGAUUUAGUCUUGAAAAAGGCAACUGAAUAUGGAGCGGUGGAAAUUUGGAUGAAUGAGCGUGUUCGAAGAGCUUGUGCAAGCAGCUGUGCAGAUUUUUUGUAUGGGUUUCUAGAGAGUUCAUCAAAGAAAGAAGCUGAAUAUUGGCUCGUUUGGCGUUUUGAAGGCGAGGCCACACUCUAUGAUUUGAUGCAGAGUAAAGGGUUCCCCUACAAUGUAGAGUCUAUGAUUCUCAAAGAGGUUCAAGACUUGCCUAAGGGGUUGGAAAGGGAAAACAGAAUCAUUCAAACUAUCAUGAGGCAGCUUUUAUUUGCAUUGGAUGGUCUUCACUCAACAGGAAUAGUGCAUAGGGAUAUCAAGCCACAGAAUAUUAUUUUCUCUGAAGGUUCUCGUACAUUCAAGAUCAUUGAUCUUGGAGCUGCUGCAGACCUGCGAGUGGGAAUCAACUAUAUUCCAAAUGAGUUUCUUUUGGACCCAAGAUAUGCUGCACCGGAACAAUACAUCAUGAGCACACAAACUCCAUCAGCACCAUCCCCUCCAGUAGCAACUGUACUUUCUCCAGUGCUAUGGCAGUUGAAUUUACCGGACAGAUUUGAUAUUUACAGUGCUGGACUUAUAUUCCUACAAAUGGCGUUUCCUGGACUACGCUCUGAUAGUAACCUUAUACAAUUCAAUCGUCAGUUAAAAAGGUGUGAUUAUGACUUAGUUGCCUGGAGAAAAAGUGUAGAGCCACGUGCUGGACCUGAACUUCAAAGGGGCUUUGAGUUGCUGGAUUUAGAUGGAGGGAUAGGAUGGGAACUUCUAACAUCAAUGGUUCGAUACAAAGCUCGGCAAAGACUAAGUGCAAAAGCAGCAUUAGCUCAUCCCUACUUCGAUAGGGAAGGUCUUUUAGCUUUGUCUUUCAUGCAGAACCUGAGGAUGCAACUCUUUCGAGCAACACAACAAGAUUAUGGGGAAGCUGCCAACUGGAUUAUUCAGCUAAUGGCAAAAUCUGGAACAGAGAAGGAGGGCGGAUUCACAGAAGCUCAACUUCAAGAAUUACGAGAAAGGCAGGAGCCUAGAAAGAAGGCAAGUGCUCAAAGGAAUGCUCUUGCAUCGGCCCUUCGUCUUCAAAGGAAGAUACUAAAAACAUUGAACGAGAGCAUGGAUGAGCUCAGCAGACGAGGCAAGAGCCUAUGGUGGAGCAGGUGGAUCCCGAAAGAGGAAUGAGAAUUAUAAUGAUUUAGCAAGAAAGCGCCCACCACGAAAUCAACUUGACUCGACGAGGGCUCUGGGACAGAUUCCUUGGUCCCAGGUUACUGAUGAGUGUAGAGGUUUUGCUUUUACAUUCUUACUGAACAAGCAUCUAGUUGAGGUUCAGAAAUGAUAAAUGUACUGCUCCUAAACCUUUUUUCUUUCAUGUAUUUAUCAUUUCUUUUACAGGAAACAAUUGUCCUGUUCAUCCAAGUUUGCCCUUUAGCAGACAAUAUGAUGUAAACUUGCAGAAUAAUAGAAAUUGGAUGCUUAAUUUUGCA